AUGUCGUACCGUGGUGCUAAUAAUGGGUUCAAUGGUGUACCUGCAACGAACCAGCAACAACAACAACAAUCUGGGUUUGACUAUAGUGCUGCCCAGAGCAGAGCUUUCAAUGCAGUGAACAAUAGUAAUAACAAUCGUGCCGGUAAUGGCGGUAGUCAGGGUUCCUUUAUGAUCAAAUUGCAAAGGGGACUGGAUCAAUUGAAUACAUUUGCUGAAGAUCUAACGGAUAAACCGUUUGUUAAAAAAUUACAACCUUAUAUCCCAGGUCUUGCCAGAUUCUUCAUUGUGGCUACUUUCUACGAGGAUUCCAUUAGAUUGUUCACUCAAUGGAGUGAUCAAGUGUUUUUCUUACAUAAAUGGAAACAUUACCCAAGAUGGUUUGUCGUUUGCUUCCUGGUUUUAGUCACUGUAGUCAUGUCUAUCGGCUCCACAUUAUUUAUGUUAAGAAAACAAACUAAUUACGCUACUGGUGCAUUAUGUGCAUGUAUCAUUCUACAAGGUUUAGUCUACGGUUUAUUCACAGGUUCGUCUUUCAUCCUAAGAAACUUCAGUGUCAUUGGGGGUCUAUUGAUUGCAUUCAGUGACUCCAUUGUACAAAACAAGACUACUUUCGGUAUGCUACCAGAACUGCAAGACAAAAACCAAAAAUUCAAAGGUUACUUGUUAUUAGCUGGUCGUAUCUUAAUCGUUCUAAUGUUUGUCGGGUUUGCAUUCUCAAAAUCUUGGUUUACCGUGUUCUUGACCUUAUCUGGUACUGUAUGCUUUGCCAUCGGUUACAAGACCAAACUGGCCUCUUUAUUACUAGGUCUGAUAUUGGUUGUUUACAAUCUGUCCCUAAACAACUAUUGGUUGCAUACAGACUCCAAGAGAGAUUUCCUAAGAUACGAGUUCUACCAAAACCUAAGCAUCAUCGGCGGGUUGCUCCUGGUCACCAACACUGGUGCUGGUGACUACUCUGUCGACAGCAAGAAGAAAAUAUACUAA